CAGUCCCUCCACCGAGGAAAACCAUAAUUAUAUCAACCGCUUCUCAUCUCUCACUUUCCGAGUUCCGCCUCUUUGCGCCAUUCCACUUGAUCUACGAUUUUCUUUUUCUGCUGGUCAUGUCAUCCACGGUAUCGGCCACUCCGGCUGAUCCCACGAAGGGCAUGCGUAAAAACGGAAAAAACUGGCACGAUACCAAAAAGCCGUUCCGUCCUACCGCUGGUCUGACCUCGUACGAAAAGAGACUGGAGGCUCGCAAGCACCAGGAAGCUGUCAAAGAACACGAACGGGAACUCAAAGAAGAGAAGGAGGCGGAACGGAAGGCGCAUAUCCAGAGAAUCAAGGAGCGUAGGGCUGCGAAGGAGGAGAAGGAACGUUACGAGAAGAUGGCGGCGAAGAUGCAUCGCAAACGUGUCGAACGAUUGAAGCGUAAGGAAAAGCGCAAUAAAUUGCUCAACUCGUAAUUGUGGUGGAAAAAGUCGUCUUGGUUUCUUUUUCUUUUUCUUUUUCUU